AACACUAUUUUGCUCUGUUUAUUAAACUAUCCAUCUAACAAUCACUGUAGCUUUCUUUGGAAUCAGAAUGUGUUUAUGUGUGUUUGUUACCAGAUGGACGAUAGUUACAGAAAUGAGCGCAAGCCGCAGUGCUGCUGGCGUUACUGUAUUUGAAGGCAGAAUAUAUGUUUCGGGUGGUCAUGAUGGACUACAGAUCUUUAACACCGUGGAGUACUACAACCAUCAUACAGCGUUAUGGCACCCUGUCGCCCCCAUGAAAAACAAGCGCUGUCGGCACGGCGCUGCAGCCUUUGGCAGCAAUCUGUAUGUGGCAGGAGGUUACGACGGCUCUGCGUUUCUCAGUGGAGCAGAGGUGUAUAGCUCAGUAGCAGAUCAGUGGAGCCACCUAGUGGCCAUGAACACUCGACGCAGCCGCAUUUCUCUGGUGGCCAAUUGUGGUCAACUCUAUGCAGUGGGAGGUUAUGAUGGACAAUCCAAUCUCAGCUCUAUGGAAAUGUAUGACCCAGAAACUAACCGUUGGACGUUUAUGGCACCAAUGGUUUGCCAUGAAGGCGGGGUCGGGGUGGGCUGUAUACCAUUACAACCCGCUUAACACCACAGUCUCCCUCAGCCCAUAAGGACAUUUUAAUUAUA